AAAGCAGAGGGUAGAAUCAGAAUUGAAAAAGGUAAAGCUGCAGAGAGGGAGAGAGAGAGAGAGCACGAUUUCCCGCCACUUUUGCCGUCUCCUUCUCUGAAGAAUCGAAGAUGCUGUGGGUAGACAAGUACAGACCCAAAACCCUAGACCAGGCAAUGGUCCACCAAGACACGGCGCAAAACCUCAAGAAACUUGUCGCGGAGCAGGACUGCCCCCAUUUGCUCUUUUACGGGCCUUCCGGCUCCGGCAAGAAAACCCUAAUCAUCGCCCUUAUUCGUCAGAUUUUCGGACCCAGCGCCGACAAGGUGAAGGUGGAAAACAGGACAUGGAAAGUUGAUGCUGGGAGUAGAACCAUUGACAUAGAGCUGACUACAUUAUCAAGCACCAAUCACAUUGAACUCAACCCCAGUGAUGCAGGCUUUCAGGACAGAUACAUUGUUCAAGAGAUAAUUAAGGAAAUGGCUAAAAAUAGACCCAUUGACACAAAAGGGAAAAAAGGAUAUAAAAUCUUGGUGUUGAAUGAAGUUGACAAACUUUCAAGAGAAGCACAGCAUUCUCUUCGAAGAACUAUGGAGAAAUAUAGUGCUUAUUGCCGCCUAAUACUAUGCUGUAACAGUUCUUCAAAGGUUACUGAAGCAAUCCGAUCACGGUGUCUAAAUGUGCGAAUAAAUGCACCAGCAGAUGAACAGAUUGUUAAGGCAUUGGAGUUCAUUGGAAAGAAAGAAGGGCUUCAACUUCCUUCUGGAUUUGCUGCUCAUAUAGCUGAAAAAUCAAACAGGAGCUUAAGGAGAGCUAUAUUGUCUCUAGAAACUUGUCAUGUUCAACAGUAUCCCUUUACAAGUAACCAAAUAAUUCCCUCAAUGGAUUGGGAGGAAUAUGUUUCAGAAAUUGUAUCUGAUAUAAUGAAGGAGCAGAGUCCAAAAAGGCUUUAUCUGGUGCGGCAAAAGUUGUAUGAGCUACUUGUUAAUUGUAUCCCUCCAGAGAUCAUUCUUAAGAGGCUGCUUUAUGAGUUAUUGAAGAAAUUGGAUGCAGAAUUGAAGCAUGAGGUCUGCCAUUGGGCAGCAUAUUAUAACACCAGGAAAUACUGUGGUUGUGGAACUACAAUCUCUUCCACUACUGAAUGACGGGAACAUAGGAUGCGUCUUGGGCAGAAAGCCAUAUUUCACCUCGAAGCGUUUGUGGCCAAGUUCAUGAGUAUUUAUAAGGCUUUCCUCAUUGCAGCGUUUGGCUGAACACCAGAAUAGCAUGAUUUCCUUCAAUCUGAAAUGUGAGUUUCUGUUCAAGGUGGCAAUGAAUUGUGCACUCGGUUUCAAUAUUUAUCAUGUCACGAGAUGUAUGUCAUGAGAAGAUGUGUAUUGUUUCUCAAGAUGAACUAUGUAUUACUGUAUCAUGGUUUUAUCUUCUCUGCACUAUACUUUUCUGGCUCAGUUUGUA